GGAGGAGUUCGAGGAUAUGUUCCUAGGUUCUGCCGUCAAAGCUGUGCACGUUCGUUCCCUGUAGCUGGCUAUCGACCUAUUUCUAGCCAUAUCUCGUGCAAAGCACAGGAAAUAAAACGCGUGUGCUUAGAACUCGGUGGUCUGAGCAAAGCGCAAAAAAUAAGAGGGAAAGGGGUGACCCGGCUCGCUCUAGCCUGCGAGCAAGCUCUCCAUCUUGGGAAUAUCGUGAAAAGUAG